CCUGCUACGUGAAUGGACAUGGGGCUUUGAUCUUCGCCAGUCCCAUUCAGCAGCCCCGUGCACUACCGCUUUGAUUGGGUGAUAUUUUUGAAAUGUAGGUCCCCAGGCCACAUGGGAGAUACCACUAAAUUUGGUCCAGGAGAAUCUGUAGCUGAUUUCAAGGACAUCAGAGAUUCCAAAUAGGUCUACUAUAAGGUAUAAUACCUAUUAAUGCCAGUCACAUGUUAUUUGGGCAUUUGGAAGGUGUCGCUCGGGAUGAAACCGAAGAUAUUAAUCAUUCUGCUUGCGCUUACUCCAAUCUGUCGGAAUUAUUGCUUCCUGAUGCACGCAGUCUGUGUAAUCUGAGGAAAGCGCCGGGACUAGUUCAUGGCAGAGCUCAAGUAGGAAAACGGACUGCGCAUCAAACUACAACGGAACGGGAAACCGAGUUUUGAAUCCAGUUUUUUUUUGCCAUAUACCCAAACAGCCUGAACUUGUUCUUUUACUUAGUUGUUCUUUUUCAUCUCCGAAAAUGAUGAAGGCUGAGUGCAAAAACGACCGAUCAUUGAGGAGCGCUUCCCCUCACAGAAACGCGUACAAAUCGGACUUUCAUGCUAUUAAAUGUUCUUUUGACGGAACGAAACCCGACAGGGCUAACAAGUCCUAUGCAAAUGGCUCUAGCGAAACUCGCGAGGACGCCAGGGGGAGAUCAUUCGGAAACAGAGUCCAUAAAAUAAAGAACAUAUUCCUGCAGAUGGAUGGCCAGCAGCAGGAAACGCAAGAGGCAAAAGUGUCGUUAAAAAGUGACAUGUCCCAGGUUUCUCCACCGAAGCUGCAGUUUGCAGGUAGCACACACAGAACGGGUCUGGGCAGUGUCACCAGCCCAGAGCCCCUGGCUUCAGACAAAACCACCAAGGGGGAAGAUGUCGAGAUUGACAAAGUUGCUCUGGCUGAGAAGUUUUCUGUGACCAGGAAGCUGUUUGAGAGAGGCCUUAAAGACCCGCCACCCACAGAGAAAUAUUCCCCAAACAAGGUGGUGGGCCGGGCCACACUGGGCAGCAUGUCUGAUGAAGCAAAGAGUCCUAGGAGGUCUUUUGGCUCCAUGGACGGCAGUGUUGAUGGCAAUAAACUGGAGCAGAGCACCACGGCACCGAGCAAAGGUAUGCUGGAGGAAAAGGACAGUGGGGAGGAAGCGAAGCAGGUGACGAGGUCACCCCUAAAUGCGGGACCUAUUUCCAGGAGGCUGGAGAACUUCAUGGUGGACAGUGACAAUGAGGAAUCAAACCACAGGGUGACGGGCAGGGGACCAGAUAACCCCCUCAAGAUGAUAAAUGCCUCUGAGCGCUCAUUGUCUUCGGUCCCAUCUAGCGAAGAGUCUCCUAAAAGGACCUCCCCUGGUGUUGGCAGUCCCCUUAGAAGCCCUCCUCUGCUAAAUGAUGUUUUUUGUAAAUCUGUUACAUCCCCUGUUGGGUUCAAGCCUUAUAGUCCACCAACAUCCCCCACUGGAGCCAAGCCUUCCAGUGUACCAACAUCCCCCACUGGAGCCAAGGCUUCUAGUCCACCAACAAAGGAUCAUAAAGAGAGUCCCAUAUUUGACCGUUCAGACCAAGCUAUGGAUGGGCACGUCAUCCAGAGCCCUACAAGGCAAAAGCCAACGGGACAGGCCUCUUUAGUGGAUCCAGCUGGUCAGGGAACGGUCCGGGCAGAGCUUGUGGUUGUCCAGAACGAGUCAUCCGAGAGCGACGAGAUUGAAGAUGAUGUGUUUGAGGAUCAAAAAGAAGAGCGGUCAAAGGAGCCAAGGGCAGACUCUUCAAAAGGGAGUCCGUGUGCGGCACCUGUAAAACCCCCAUCAGCAGUGGAGACGAGCGGGGAGCUGACAACUACACAGGCGAGGCACGUGGCUCAGGAGAAGAAGGUUGGAGUUGGUGGCCAGCUACCGGGGUCAGGAUGGGGAGCAGAGAGCCAGGUGCUGCCUGAAUCACCUGGUCAAAAGGUGGACUGCAGGGAGCCGGGCGAGCCCAGGAAGGAGGAGAUCGAGCCGGAGGAGCCGGCUGACCGCAGCUUAAAGGACGGAGGGUCACCCACCGUUUACGGGAUCGAGAACGCGGCCUUUGUUGACGACCGGGACACGGACCAGGAGCACCAUGAGGAGGACGAGCCCACAGAGGAGUACGAGGAGGUGCCAGGCCUGUCCGAUGAGGAGGAGCAGUGUCCUCAGAGGAAGAUCAGGUUCUCUACUGCACCAAUUCGGGUGUACAGUACGUACUCCAAUGAGGACUAUGACCGGCGCAACGACGAGGUGGACCCUGUGGCGGCAUCUGCCGAGUAUGAGCUUGAGAAGAGGGUGGAGAAGAUGGAUGUGUUUCCUGUGGAGAUUGUAAAAGGGGACAAAGGCCUUGGUAUCAGCAUCAUUGGAAUGGGAGUGGGGGCAGACCAAGGCCUGGAGAAACUGGGCAUCUUUGUCAAGACCAUAACAGAUGGUGGGGCAGCAGAGAAGGAUGGACGGAUCCAGGUCAAUGACCAGAUCGUGGAAGUGGAUGGCAUUAGCCUGGUUGGGGUCACGCAGUUCUUCGCCGCUACAGUGCUGAAGAACACCAAAGGCACAGUGAACUUCCUGAUUGGGCGGGAGAAGCCAGGGACGCAGAGUGAGGUGGCCCGGCUCAUCAGUGAAACCCUGGAGCAGGAGAGGAACCAGCAGAUGCACCUAGAAGAUCUCUAUGAGCAGUCUACAGAAGAAGAUGAACACUAUGAUGAUGAAGAUGCUGACGAGGUCCUGGGGUCCAGCUUCUCGGGAAGGACAGUAGAAGUGUUUGACCUCCCUGAGAAUGAGGACAUGUUUUUGCCCUCCAACAUGGAUUCCACUCAGCUGGGCUUCAGGUUCAAAGAGCUUCAGCUGAAGCACAGCAUAACCACAGCUGAGCUCAUCCAAGUGAAGCAGAGGCUGAGGAUGUCGGAGGAACAGCAAGCGGCACAGGACUCCAGGCAAGCACAGCUGGAGCAGGACUUGGAGAAGAGCAAGGAGAGGGUCCAGAAGCUGGAGGAGUACUGGCUCGAGGCUCAGGCGCUGUGCAAGACGACCAACGAGAACCUGGUGGAGAGCCAGAAUCAGUUUGAGACCCUGGAGAAGAAAUACAACAAGGCCAAGAAAUUGCUCAAGGACUACCAGCAGAAGGAGAUUGAUUUUGUGAAGAAGGAGGAAGAGCUUAAGAGAGCCCUGGAUGAGAAGGAGAAGCAUCACAAGGAGGAGCUGGACAGACUUCUGGAGCAGGUAGCAGAACUUGAGGCCAGAGCACCCACAGAGCGCAUCCCGGAAGGUGUGGAAGAGAGUAAAAGCAGCUUGGAACCGGGAGACUUUGUUAGCAAAGCACAAUCCACUGACACACUGCAGUCUGACGCGGACUGGAAUGAUCUGGUUCCGGUGACAGAGAGGCUGGACACCAGUGCCCACCGGGCCCGAGCCCAGCUUUCCCAGAAGGCCAAACGGCAGCCUCCCUCUCGCAGCAAGCUAAGAGCGUCAUUCACGUCGUCAACCACGCCGGCACAGGAGGAUGCUUGGGAGGAGGCCUCUGCUCCGCCCAGAAGGAGGCGUUCCAUCCAGGAGAGCCUGUCGCUACCCGUAGCCAUGCAUUGCCCCGGGAACGGGCAGAAGGAGGAGGCACAGGAGGCGGUGGAGUAUGCAGGGAGCCGGAGCGAACUCUCCAGCACCCCCUCGCUGCUGGGUGAGGGACUGCAGCCGAGAGCCAGCAGUGAGAGCAGCCCCAGUCUGUCGCCCCCCCAGGACGUGGCCUCCCCACAUGCCGGUUUCCUGUCGAGCGUGAAGAAGGGCAAGGACACCAAAGAAGAGGUGAGCGAUAGCUCCUCUGCAGGGAAACCAAAGAGAAGAUUCCCAGAUUUUGGAGGCCUUCGGAAAUCUGGUGGCAAAGGGAAGAAACAGGACAAGGAAGCUCUGCGGGCAUCCAUUGGGAGCAGGGGAUCUGCCGACUUGCUGGAGGAAUCUGGCGGGAACCUUUCACCGGCAGGGUCUGUGUCCUCCAUUCCUACCUGCAUGCCUUUCUCCUGGUUCGGGGACAAAGAUAAGGAAAGGGAUGAUGACCUGCCUUAUGUACCCGUGGAGUACGGCAGCGAACUGAACCAGGACCGGAAGAACAAGAGUUUGUCUGUCAUAGACGAUUCAAACGCUGGAAGUCCCAGUUCAGACUUGACUGGGCUAGUUGCAGAGCCCAGCUUUUCUGGGCGCUCGCACAUUUUAACCUUCUCUUCCAAUGAGACUCUGGACGAUGACCCGCUCCCCCCGGGCAAGGAGCACCAAUGGCAGAACAGGCUCAUUUCCGAGUGGACGAAUCAGCAGGUCUGCCUCUGGCUGAUAAGCAUGAACAUGGAGCAGUACGCGGCCGAGUUCACAGCCAGGGGCAUCGACGGGCAGCAGCUCCUGCAUAUGGACAGCGACAGGCUGAAGGCCUUGGGCGUCUCAAGCCAGAGUGACCGCGCCUCUAUCAAGAAGAGGGUGAAGGACAUGAGAAAGGCCCUGGAGAAGAUGGAGAAGCAGCGGGAGAAGGAGGCGAGGCGGAGCGGGAAGCUGGCCGCCAGCGGCGACACGCACUGCUGAGACCCAACAGCGACGCGCCAAAGCACUGACUGUCGGUGUUUCCCCACUGUCAUCCCUGUCAGGUUAAGCUGCUGCAUAACAUGAUGUCACCAUCUUUACAUUUUCACAUCCCACUUCUGAUUGGCCGGUACUGGAACCAUGCAUCGUCGGGCGCCCAAUCAGUAACGCAACUUUAACUCGGUUUCGUUUAUCUAGUUUAGGAACAAUCAAUGAACUGGUCAUGAAUACUGUAAGCUGGGAUAAGCACGAGUUCUGCUAUACAUCCUCACACUUGAGCACUAGACGGCUAACCUGCAGAUGAUCCCCAACCUGGUGGCAUUUCUGACUUGGAGUACACAAACAAAGCGUCACGUGUCCUGCUGCAUCUGUCGCUCUAGCAUUCCCCCCCGCCCCGGCAUCCCACCCAGCCUACCAUAUGAUUCAUGAGCUGCUCACUUAACCGCUGCUCACUUAACGCGCUUGCUUAUGAAACCACUUCAUGCUCUGUACUUGCAUGCAAUGGGAGUGCCAUGACUGCGGAUCUCCUGCAGGGGGACGGGAGAAUAGGCCUGUGUUAGUAUGGUAGAGUCAGUCUUUCCUGCCUGAAUCAAAGGUGUCAGGUUGUGUAAAUGUUGGUUUAUCGAGGGGAAGGUGCUUCACGUUUUAAAGGUACAUCAAGCAACCAUGAGAUGCAUGAAUUUAACAUCGGGAUGAUUUAAAUGUUUUACUUCAGUCCAAGGUUGGGAAAAAUUAUACCUCAUUCCUGAAGGCUUCGCAGGAUUAGCUGACGCGUCACCAUCUGCAUCAGUGCUGAGCAAAUACAGCUUUUUAAAUGUUUUAUAUUGUAUUUUUCAAUGAAUAACUUCUAUAGCUAUGUACAGAACUUUUGGUACAGGAAUUUUGUACAGUUAUUAAAAGCACUGUUGUCUUUUAAACUAUGAAGGGUGAUGAGGUUUUGCUGUAUAAUACUUUUUUAUGCCUAUUGGCCUAAUAACUGCAUAACUCAAAAGGGGAAAAAAAACUUUGUAUCAGCAAAGUAGGGAUCAACUUUUAAGUGUACAUUUUCUACUGCGUAGAAUAGCUAGUAGCACCAGAUCAUUUUUAAAUACAAAAAAUGCGUUUACAGGGUCUUGCUGCUUUCCCCGCUAAUAGUACAGAGCUGUGGAUUGGGGAUAAAAUGAUUUCCUGUAGUCCAGUUUUUUAAUUGGUAUAAUGGUACCCAAGAACGCACUUCUUUGUAAGGGUCCUUUGCUUGUACAUGCAUUGCCUUGUUGACAGAGAUUGGAUGUAAAGCCUUCUGUGGUAUAUCAUGUGACCCUUCCUGACAUUCCUCAUUGGCCAAUGCUGGUCACAUGGUGAGCCUGACUGCAAAUGACAUUUCUAAGAUUUCCUUUCCUGUCUUGUAUAACUUGAUCAAAUGGAUUAUUGGACAUUAACAUGACAUUUAGACAAAGGGAAAUUCUAGUUCGAUCCCUCCUGCAGAUUCUGCAAAUACCACCAGGAUCAUUUUUCCCUGUUUGUUGUAUAUGGUAGAACAAAUAAAACUUCCACUGGUGUUCAGUA